AGAGCUGGAUUUGGCUGCAUCUUUGAGAUUCUUGGUGGAUCCAUGCAUCUUUUCAUUGUGUAAGGCAUCAACGGGAAACUGUCCACAUACCAGGUUGAGGAUAAGGCAGGUGUAAUAGUAAAUAGUACUGAUGAAUAAAACCUUAUCUGAAUGAUGAUUUCUUUUUGAGAAGAAAUUGGAGUGAUUUGCUCUUCUUCAUCCUCCUUCAGCCCACUUUUCUUCAGCAUCUUUCUGGAGAGGUCUUUGCUUGAGGCUUUGGUUGGUUGAUAUACCCCAGUGACUUCAGGGGUGGCCUGCUGGCAUCACUGUUCCUUAACUCUGAUGGAAAUGAUUGGUCACAUAACACUUCUGAUGGAUUCUCUUAGUCUCCUGUUAAAAGGAGUUAGGAGUUUAUAACCCAGGAAGCAAGUAUGGUGAAAUCCCUGCUCUUGCAUGAUCCAGUCCUACCUCUGUUUCAAGGAAUUAGCCCCUGCAGACCUGAAAGAUCACGAUGAUAUGGCCAUUUAAAGUUUUGGCAACUGAAACCAUAAAUAGAAAAGCGUUAGAUGCAGAUAUAUACAAUGCAGUUCCAACUGAGAAGGUGGAUGGAACCUGCUGUUAUGUAACAACAUAUAAAGGGCAGCCGUAUCUUUGGGCGAGGUUGGAUAGAAAACCCAACAAACUAUCUGAGAAAAGGUUUAAAAGAUUCAUGUAUUCAAUGGAAGACUCAAAAGAAUUUAUUUGGAAUAUUGAAGAAGACUUCAGACCUGUCCCAGAAUGCUGGAUUCCAGCAAAGGAAAUCCAGCAAUCCAGUGGAAACCCUUUGCCUGAUGAAAAUGGACACAUUCCAGGUUGGGUGCCAGUGGAGAAAAAUAGCAAACAAUAUUGCUGGCAUUCAUCUGUUGUUAAUUAUGAGGCUGAAAUAGCCCUUAUAUUGAAGUGCCAUGCUGAUGAUCCUGGACUUUUGGAAAUCAGUUCUGUGCCAUUAUCGGACCUUUUGGAACAAACACUGGAGCUUAUUGGAACUAAUAUUAAUGCAAAUCCAUAUGGAUUAGGAAGUAAGAAGCAUCCUAUCCAUUUUCUUGUACCACAUGGAGCAUUUGAAAUAAAGAAUCCACCUAUGCUGAAGCACAGUGAUAUAUUGUCUUGGUUUGAAAGCUGCAGAGAGGGUAAAAUUGAAGGAAUUGUAUGGCAUUGUAACAAUGGACAUUUAAUCAAGCUCCAUCGACAUCAUCUUGGUAUGUGCUGGCCAAUUCCAGAGACAUAUCUGAAUUCUCAACCAGUUGUCAUUGCUGUUAAUAGGACCAAAUAUGACUGUGACUUUGAACCAAAGUGUUUGUUUAAUCAUUUUUCAAAGCUGGAUGGGCAGAGGUUCAGUAGACUAAAAGAUAUAAAGUUUGAUGUUUAAAGAGAAAAAAGAAUCUUGUCAGAGAUCGCUGCCAUAUGUAUUAUUGUACCUUCUUCUCCUGCUUUGCCUACACUAUAAGUGGAUAUUUUUGCAAAUAAUUGUGGCAUAAGUAGCUCCAUAGCUACAGUGCAAAUGAUUGGCAUAAAUAUGAUCCAUAAUAUGAAGCAAAAGAGCAGUAAAGGCAAAUCCAAAAUGGAUCGCCCUCUCUUAGAUUUCAGCACAUUUGUUGUUUUUGGUUUUGAAAGAGCCUUAAAUUUUGAAACUGUUAGAGCUAAGAGGACAGUGUUUAAUGUUAGCUGCUUCCAGGGGCUUGUGUAGUGAAGCAGAAAGUGAUGGUUUUAAAACAAAAACAGAAAUCAGCUAACUUUUAGAGUUUCUGAAUUAUUACAGCCUGCAGUUUAUUCUGAAGUCAAACUGCCACUGACAUGAGACUUAGGGCCCAAUAUUUUCCAUUAUAUCUGUGAAGUAACACAGAUUUAAAUCAGUAAGUGAGACCAUAAUCAGGCCCUACAUUUUUUAAAGUUUACAAUUGUAACAAUUUUUUAUUUGGAUUUAAACAUUCCACAAUAUUUGUAAUCCCCCUCAUGCUGCAGUAGUGUGCUAAGGCUUGAAAACCAAAUAGUGACAUUGUUUACAUUAUCCGAUCUCUUGGGACAAACUUUUUUUUUUGUUAAUAAGCCAGCACAAAUAGUGAGAAGUAAACUAGUUUUAAUUAUUUGAAAAUGCUCUGUAGAAACAGACAAAUAAAAGGAAUGUGAUAGUCCAUAACUGUUUAGAAAAUAACUAUCGAGCAGCAUGUAAUGUUUCAAAAACUUUAACUUAGAAAAGUAGACAAUUCAAAUUGUGUAUUCUCACAAUUUGGUUCUAUUUACAUCUGUGCUCUGCAUGUAGCAUACACCCACCAAAACUAAAGCUAUACAAAUAUUAACAGUUUUCAAAUAAAUUAAAUUAGCUUUACAUCUAA